CAUAACUCGCCAGCGCCUUCUCUCUCUCUCUACCUCUCCGAACAUCGUCUCACGCAAACGCAAGCUCUCUCCAAUGGCUGCCGUGGCUGCGAAGAAGUCUCGAUCCCCGUCCUCGCACCCUCCAUUCUUCGAGAUGAUAACGGACGCCAUCGUGACGCUGAAGGAGCGCACCGGGUCGAGCCAGUACGCCAUCCAGAAGUUCGUGGAGGAGAAGCACAAGAAGCUGCCGGCCAACUUCAGGAAGCUCCUGCUGGUCCAGCUGCGGCGGCAGGUCGCCUCCGGGAAGCUCGUCAAGGUCAAGAACUCGUUCAAGCUGCCCCCCGCCGCUGCCAAGGCGGCCCCCGCCGCCGCCGUGGCCAAGCCCAAGGCGAAGCCGGCUGCUGCUGCUGCUGCCAAGCCCAAGUCCAAGCCGAAGACCGUCGCGAAGCCGAAGGCGGCUGCUCCCAAGGCGAAAGCCGCCGCUGCCAAGCCCAAGGCAGCCGCGAAGCCGAAAGCCGCGGCGGGUGCGAAGAGGAAGGCGGCCGAGAAGCCGAAGUUGAAGCCCGUGGCCAAGGCGGCGAAGACCUCCGCGAAGGCGACGCCGACGAAGAAGGCCGUGAAGAAGGUGGCCGCGGCGAAGCCGAAGAAGACGCCCGUGAAGAAGCCCAAGAGCGUGAAGACGCCGGUGAAGAAGGCGAAGAAGUGAGCCGCUGGCGCUCUGUUCUUUACUCUAGCGUAGGGGACGGGAUUUUAGAGUUGAGGAUUUGGUUGUGUAUAGAAGAAGAUGGUUUGGCGACAGUUGACAUAGCAGCAGCCCUUUUCUUUCUUCCUUUCUUUUUCCUUUUGGUUUUCGAAUCGUGCUAACUCUAUUCUUGUUAGCCCCAUGUUUCUAUUCUAUGUAAGCUUUUCUAGGAGAGAUGAUUAUUAGUAGAUGGGUUUGUGUUUGAUAGUGAGGGAAUCGAAAAAGCUCUGACUUCGGGGCGCUCUAAUGGAGGUUUCUUCUUCUUCUGGUUC